UAUGCCAUUAUCGAUGGAAUAAAGUAUAUGUGAGAAACAGCUAAACUGAAGAAACGUCCACGGAACUAACAACGACCUCCAUCUUCAUCAAUGGCUACUCAAUCUACCACUCCCAAUAUUCCGUCACCACCGCCAUCGCCACCGGUCAAGGAGUCGGUCGGACGCCGGUACAAGUUCAUCUGGCCUCUUCUCCUUGCUGUCAAUUUUUCCAUCGGAGCUUAUCUUUUCACGAGAACAAAUAAGGAGGAGAAGACCGAAGGAGAGGCACCGCCUACACUGGUAGUCACGUCUACACCGGUAGUCACGUCUACACCGGCUUCAACUGCCAUUUCAACUGCAUCACUGAGCCAUACACCAACACCACCUCACGCCAUCGCGGAGCCGGUGAAAUCAAUCCCCGUGGAUCAGCAACGAGAGCUCUUCAAGUGGAUGUUGGAGGAGAAAAGGAAAGUGAGAACAAAAGAUCCUCAAGAGAAAAAGCGAAUUGAUGAAGAAAAAGCCAUACUCAAACAAUUCAUCCGAGCAAAGUCCAUUCCGUCUUUAUAACGGAUAAAACUCGAAGAUUGUAUGCAUCCGGAAUUGUACAUGUGGUUUGUUUCGAUGUUUCCAGACAAUCAAUGAUAAUUGUUUCUUUUUCAUUAA